GAAUGCCCGCUGUUCGGUUGUGAACCGGUGUAUCGGCAGCCGCUACUUUUCGACCGUUCUCAGAUCCCUCCAUAAUGAAAAAUUAACUACAACGUCCGAGUCGGAAAUGUCGCACUUCAACGCGUUGGCCAACACCUGGUGGGACGUCAAUGGUCCGCAGCGCAUUCUCCACAAGAUGAAUCUCUUGAGGAUGGACUUUAUCAACGAAACCAUCAAGGCGCAUCUCCCGUUGAAUUUUGACGCCACAUCUCCGGAAGAGGAGGUCUACAUUCCGUGCUAUAACUUGGACUUGUUGCCGGAAAACGUUCGGAACGCCAUUUUGCAGGAGCAAGAAACGAAGCGUACCGCCAUGGUAAAGACCAUGCGGUUGAGCGCGCUCGAUAUUGGCUGCGGUGGGGGUAUUUUGACAGAAUCCAUGGGCCGGAUGCCGUGGAUCUCGCACGUAAAGGGCAUUGACUUAUCGACCGAAGUGCUCGCAGUGGCAAAGAGUCAUAAGGAGUUAGACCCGAUGUUGAGUGAAAAGGUGAGCUACGAGUUGAAGCCGGUGGAAGACAUUCCCGUGGAGGAGAAGUACGAUGUGGUGACCAUGUUUGAAAUGCUCGAGCACGUGAACUACCCGUCUGAGGUGCUUACCCAGGCGUUGAGCAGGGUCAACCCGGGCGGCUGGGUCUUUAUCUCCACCAUCAACCGCGAUUUUGUCUCGUGGUUCACUACCAUCUUUAUGGGCGAACACGUGUUGAACGUUGUCCCGGUGGGCACCCAUACGUACGACAAGUACAUUAACGAAAGUGAAAUCCGCAACUGGAUGGCUGACACAAAACAGGGAGUUGCUCAGUUUAAGGUUGCCAGUAGUAAGGGCUGUGUCUACAUGCCCUUGUACGGCUGGAAGUUUACCGACUCGCCGCACGUGGGCAACUACUUCAUGGCCAUCCAGCGGUUGCUGUAGAGAGCCUGACUGUAUAUAGUAUGAAUUGACUGAGUUGGUUUAAUUGGGGUGAAAAUGGGUAAUAGAAUGGGAUAGGGCAAGAGUAUGAAUAAGACUGGUGUGGCGUUAAAUAUACUUUAGAAGUUCUGUCUCUUG